GAGCAGCCACCAGCGUCUCCCAUCCGCUACCUGAGCCGAGCCUGUUCCAGGUAUGUCGUCUCCCGAGUUAUUCUCCGUCGUCGUCGACGAAGAGGCUCCGCACCACCACUUCCAUGACGCUUGCUUUCUCUGCAAGAAGCCCAUAGCCGGCAACGAAGACAUCUUCAUGUACAGGGGUGGCACGCCGUUCUGCAGCAGGGAGUGCCGGCGGGAGCAAAUGGAUAUGGACGAGGCUCUGGAGAAGGAUCGCGUGGCUUCUUAUAGUGAUUCUCCUUCUGCGUCGUCCACGCAGCGGGCCUUCUCAGCGAAGCGUAAGCCGAGCUUGAUCAUGGCUUCCAGCUGUGCGAGGAGAAACGCUUCGGGACCGACGCAGCGGUCGUUGCUAUCAGCUGAUGGCUAAACACCUCCGUGCUUCUCGAACUAGAUUUCGAGUGUGUGUGGGAGAUCAUGUAGAAAAUUUCAGGGUUUCUUGAUCUAGGAGUGAGAGUUACGCUUCUGAUAUCGUUUCUUUUUCUCGAUGGAAAGAAGAUGAGAUUAAUUAGCAUCUCACAGUGUAAUAAUUCUGUUUUCAACUGGUUUCUGUAAGUAUAAAAUAUGUAAUAUAUUAUAUGUAAUACAAAAAUAAUCUUUUACGUUA